AUGGUGGUUACAUUAUUUGUGAGGAAAGGAUGGUGGUGUUCAUUAGCAUUCCUUUUGGUAAUGCUGUGCACAAUUGUAUGUGGAGAUAUAUCUCUCUCUAUCUCACAUAAGGAUAGCAUUAAUGUCAUCUUCAACUCACACUACUCCUGCAAUGGUACCAUUGGAGAAUGCCGCGUGGACGAAGAGCUGGUGUUUCCCAUGGAUCCUGAAAUAACUAGAAGGCUACUCCAGGGGAAUGGAGAAUCAGUGGCUGAAGGGACCCUUAAUGCACAACAAUCAGUCGGCGCAGGGUGUGAUAGAGGAUACGGAAGUUGCCUUCCUGGUGAAAAUGGACAAGUCAACCGUGGGUGCAAUCCUUUUCACGGUUGUCGCUUAGGCUCCUGA